AUGAUAUUAUUCGUAGAUAGUUCAUUCUUGGACAAAGUGUCGAUAAUAGUAUUUUUUACAAAACAUGGACGCAAAUCUUCUCCAUUUGGUUCAAUAAAAGAUAAUGAAUUAAAUCGUAACGAAAUAGGUUCAGUAAAACCAAAUGAUAAAUUUUUGUUAAACUUAACAAAUGUUGAAUCUGUUUCUAAAACUUUGUAUUAA